UUCCACCCGGACAUAUUUUGUAUCGCAGCCGCACGCUUAUGCUUGCUAAUGAAUUGUAGCAUGUUUGACACAAGAUAUCACAAGUGUAUUUCAGGCAUUAGCUGGUCGCCUUUCCUUAACUAGUUAACACAAAUAAAAUACACAGCAGGAUGUUUACAAAAGCGUUUCGCGUGAAGUCCAAUACCGUUAUCAAAGGAUCCGACAGGAGGAAGCUGAAAGCGGACGUCUCUGCCGCGUUUCCGUCCCUGUCUGCUGACCACCUCAACGAGCUCGUACCGAACAAAGAAGAACUGAACGUUGUAAAAAUCUACGCGCACAAAGGAGAUGCUGUCACUCUGUAUGUUCUCCACAGGAACCCAAUGUUCUUCCAGCUGGAGAAACAGUUGUACCCUACAGUGUACACACUUUGGCGAUAUCCUGAUCUGUUACCCGCCUUCACAACAUGGCCUCCAGUGGUACAGAAACUAACUGGUGGGGCAGAUCUGAUGCUGCCAGGAGUAGUGGUGUCUUCUACAGGGCUACCAGAAGUAAAUCAAGGAGACAGCUGUGCUGUUAAUGUCGUGUCAAACAGAGCUCCAGUUGCUGUUGGUACAGCGGCCAUGUCGAGCAGAGAGAUGAGGACCAGUGGGAUGAAGGGCAAAGGAGUGAAUGUGUUACACACGUACAUGGACCAGCUGUGGGCUUUUGGGGAUAAGACCACUCCUCCUGUCCUCCCAGUCACUGAUCCCUCAGUCCAGGCAGAGGCAGAAAUGGACAGACAGGAGAGUGGCGAAGAGGGAACGGAGAUUUCGGUUCAGGAGAGCGAAGGACAGAAAAACUGUGGGACGACUGCAGUGGAAUCGUCUCUUCAGAAUCUCCAGGAUCUCAGCCUCCGAGAGGGAGAGAAAGAGGAGGACACGGAGGAGGUGCAGGGAGAACAGGAGGAUUCAAGGUCUCCACAAGAACAGAUGGAUUCUCUGUUGUUUCAGUGUUUCCUCCAUGCCCUGAAGAGUAAAGUGAAGAAGUCGGAGCUCCCCCUGCUGACCGGCACCUUUCUGCGCAAGCACAUGGCGUCAUGCUGUCCCAAAGGAAAAAACCUUGACAUCAAAAAAUCCAGCUAUAAAAAGCUCUCGAAGUUCCUGCAGUCGAUGCAGAAGGAGCACAAUCUGGUUCGGGUAAAGGAGUUGACUAAAGGAGUGGACAGCAUUGUAGAAGUCGACUGGAAGAACCCUGAGUUGUGUUCUUUCUGCGUGCCAGAGGACUGGGAGCCCCCAGAGGAGUGCGGUGAGGAUCGAGAGAGCUGUGAGGAGGUGUAUAAGCCCCCUGAAAUCACUCUGCUUUACGGGGUCACCUCACGCCUGGAGCCUCUAUUCCAAGAUGUGCAGAAAAAAAAGGGUGCAGUGCUGCAGGCUAGUGAAGUGAGGAGCAUCAUCACCGAGUAUGUGAAAAAAAACGAGCUUGUCCACGACACCAACAAAAGCUAUGUGAACAUCAAUCCUGUGCUGUGUGACUGCUUACUGGAGAAAUCAGAGUAUCAGGAGCUCGAGGUGUUAAAAUGGGACGAUCUCUUCAGCAGGACUUUGAGCAGGAUGCAGUCAUGCCAUCAGCUGCUGUUUCCAGGCCAGGCUCCUGUGGUCCGGAAAGGGCAGGUGGAGCCCAUCGAUAUCACUGUAGCCUCCAGAGGCUCUAACAAGAAGGUGACGAUAAUAAAGAACCUGGAGGUGUUCGGGAUAGAGCCAACAGUGGUAGCAGACACCCUGCAACGUCUAGUCCAGGCCAGUUCCGUCCUCCACGACGUCCCCGGAGCCAAAGAGCGGCAGCUGGUGCAGAUCCAGGGCAACCAGGUGCACCACGUCGGCAAACUGCUACUAGAGCAAUAUCAGAUCCCUCGCAAAUAUAUCCAGGGUUUGGAUAAAGCUCCGAAAGCAGGCAAGAAGAAAUAACAAGCGUUCCAUUCUGGUGACUGUACAUUGCUGUAACAUAAACAUGAACUACUGGCCAAAUUCAUCAUUUGUGUCCUAAGACUACUCCACCGGCAUGAGGUUUAUUUGACAGAGCUGGACCAUGCAUUCAAUCAUGGAAUAAAAUAUUAGUACAAAACAAAUUCGACAGCCUUCUAUAAUUGUUUUGCUGUACAGGAAGAUGCAAGAAUAUACAACACAUGCUUUUCACUGUCAUUGUUACCCUAAUAUUAUGAAACCACACUUUAUGAGGUUGUUUUUUUACCAACUUCACUAUUUUUUUUUUUACUUCCUUUGUCUUAUAUACUAAACUUGGCACGUUCUAAAUAUUUGUGCCCAUUUCCCUUACCACAAACAAAAAUAUAAUCUAGUGGUAUGGUUGUUGGUGCCAUAUAUCUGGUUUGAACAUUGGGAUUUUCACACACAAUAGACCUUUCGUGUAUGAGACAGGUCAGAAGAGAAUGGCCAGACCAGUUCAAGCUGACAAGAAGACUGUGCUAACGCAAAUGUCCACUUUUUACAACCAUGGUGUGCAGAAAAGCAUCUCGGAUCAAAUCAUAAUAAGGGUUUGGACUACAAAAGCAGAAAGUCACACGUAGUUUCAUACCUAUCUGUUAAGAAAAGGAAUCUAUGUGGCCAUAGUGCCGUCUUCCCAAUCCUCAACAAGUUCCUUCAUCAGUUAAUUCCAUUUGAUCAGUUGCUUUUAUGUGAUUAAAUUAUAAUUAUAUAUUCCUCUCAUGGUUGUUGGCAUUUUAACACGUCAUGGUGAUUCGAACAGGAACAUACAGUAACACUUGACAAAAAAACUAAAACACACACACACUCAGCAGGACAACCUUUGGUUUCCCUCCAGGAUGCAGCAGAAAUCCUGUACCUUUUUAAUUAAGCAAAUAAGCUUCAGCACAAAAGCAUAAACCUGUUCACACCAAUACUAAUGAAAAGUAGUUCAGUUUUACUUUCAUUAACUACAUUUAGACUUAAACUAACAAGAGGAAAUAUGCGAAAGACUAAAACUAAAUUAGCUGUCGAAUUUAACACUAACUUCUUCAUACUUCUUCAUAAUGCAGUUAAUAGUGAAAAAUUGUAGAAAGGCUGAACACAGUAGAUCUUGAUCAAUCUUGAAAAUACAGCGACACUAAAAAUCAAUAACUAGUUAGACAUAAAUGUUAGACUGGGUAAAAAGUGACAACACUAGAUUUUGCCCCUUCAUUUUGCACUGAGGUUAUUUCCUUAGUAUAACAUAGUAAGAGGCUGCUCAGGUUCAGGGUUCAAGAUUUUAUUUGCCACAUACACAGUUAUAUACACUGAUCAGGGAUAACAUUAUGACCACCUGCCUAAUAUUGUUAGUCCCUCUUUUGCUGCCAAAACAGCCCUGACCCUUCAUGCACUGUGUAUUCUGACACCUUUCUAUCAGAACCAGCAUUAACUUCUUCAGUAAUUUAAGUAACAGUCUGUUGGAUCAGAUCACACGGGCCAGCCUUCACUCCCAACGUGCAUCAGCGAUCCAUGACCCUGUCGCCGGUUCACCACUGUUCCUUCCUUGGACCACUUUUGAUAGAUACUGACCACUGCAGACCGGGAACACCCCACAAGAGCUGCAGUUUUGGAGAUGCUCUGAUCCAGUCGUCUAGCCAUCACAAUUCGGCUCUUGUCAGUCUCACUCAAAUCCUUACGCUUGUCCAUUUUUCCUGCUUCUAACACAUCAACUUUGAGGACAAAAUGUUCACUUGCUGCCUAAUAUAUCCCACCCACUAACAGGGGCCAUGAUGAGGAGAUCAUCAGUGUUAUUCACUUCACCUCUCAGGGGUCAUAAUGUUAUGUGUGAUCGAUGUAUAUAAAAGCAAUAUUAUACAUUAAGUUUAAAACUUGCAGUGAGGCGAAAAAGUGUCUUUACAGUAAGGGUGGGUAUAGUAACCAAAAAUAUUUACUCAAGUAACCGUAAAAGUAAUAACGUUCAAAGUUACUUGAGUAAGAGUAAUAAAUGAUCCAAUGAGAAGACUACUCAAGUAGCGACUUACUAGAUACUUUGGAUCUGAUUCAAAUAAAGGGAAAAUCUUGAAUCUCAGACUAUAUGGAGAUCUGUAAGCCACACAUCUUGAAAGUCUGUUCUGUUUACAGGAUAUAAAACCAUCAUUCUAAGUAACGUUGCAGUAUAUAAAGAUCGCGAGUCUCGUGAUACUCUGUCCUGUACUGUUUUGUUUUGUAAUGUCUUUUUGGCUUGCACUAUUUGCUCUAGGUUGUAGCACUUAAUGGAGCUGGGACAACUUACUUCAGUCCUUAGUUCUGUGUGGUUUUGUAGCUCUAUGUUGUUUUAUGUAGCACCAGGGUCCUGUCUCAUUUCACUGUGUAUUGCAUCAGUUAUAUAUGGUCGU